AUGUCUGCCUCACCGAAGUUGCGCCGGGACUAUGUCUACAUGAUCAUUUUUGGCGUCCAGCUGAUUGCGAUUCUACUUGUCGACCUGCCGCCAUUCUACCCGCCUACGAUGGGCAACUCUGAAGGUUCGCCCUUGCGCAUCCUGUUCCGCCUGCGUCAGUACUACAUUGACGCUUACAACGACCGGUACUUUGUCACGCCGCAUGGCGAGCUGCCCUCGUGGUUCCUGCUCUUCACCUAUCUCGAGAUUGCCUACCAGCUGCCCAUGGUUUUCUGGAUGCUCCGCGUCUUUGAAGACCACACCAAGGGCACCACGCCUGGCUUCGAGCUGGCCUGCGUCAUCUACGGCGUCGAGGUCGCCCUGACGACCCUGACAUGCGUUUUUGACGUGCCCUACUGGGAUCGUGCCGUGUACACCACAUCCGAGAAGGCCAACUUUAUGUUCUUGAUCUACGGCCCUUGGGUACUCAUCCCGAGCAUUCUUGCCUACGACAUGGGCCACCGGCUCUUGGCUCGGGCGAAGGCGGCGGAUCAGACAAAGGCCAUUCAGACGAAGAAGAACGAGUGA